UUUUCCACCCUCCCUCCACGUUUUUAUUUAUUACUUUUGUGACUGUGGACUGUACUUCUUGUGCACAUCUCAUGUCCUCGGGAGCUUAGAGUAGCUGCCGGAUGUAAUUUCCACAGCGCGGAAAGCCCCCCUUCUCCGAUAAAAACACAGCAGUGUGUGUGUAUGUGUGUGUGUGCGAUUACGGACCUUUCUUCUUCGUCCCUGUUUCCAGCGGGCGGUACCUAAUCAUCUUGUUUUGUUGUGUGAGCACUGGAAGGAUAAGGUACAUGAGGUGAACAGAGGAGACAUCCAGAUAGAGAGAACGAACACAGUGAGUGUUUUUAAGUUUUCUGCUGAUUCCCUCCCCCCCCUCUGUCCCCAGGUUCUCUCUCGCUACGUCUUCCUGCGCUCUGUUGUCUCUCUCCUCUCUUAUUGUGUGGAAGCAUACAGUCAGUCAGUCAGUCGGACAGACAGACAUACCAAUCAGAAGCGGCACCACCUGGUUCCCGGCUCCAGAUGGACUCGACACUCUGCACCAGUGACAAUAGCCCGCAUCGUCCUGGAUACACCGGCAUGGGUUUAGUCAAGUGCCACGAGUGACGAUGGUGUUGAGCGUGUGAUAAGUGCCAGCUGUAGCAAACUUUUCGUAGUGCAGAAAGUGAUUUUUUUUUUGUUUCCAAGCAGCGGGUGAACUAUGAGUAUGGAUUCCGUAAUGGACUCUUCUUCCACCAACAGCGACCAUAGUAGCAAUGCCUCGUCUUCGGCGUCGCCUCCAGUCGCCAUCAAGCCGCCUGUUACUCCCCCGAGCAGCAACAAUAACAAUCCCCCGGGGCCUCAGCAACCGCCUCACAGCCCACCGAGCAUGGUGCGACAGCCGGGGAGCCCCAACGCAGUGCCUAGCGUCACACAACAGGCGCCGCCAACCCCUCAGCAUCCGCACACACUGAGUCCUGUGCCCGUUUCCACCCCCAACAGCAUCACUGCCGUACCUCCGAGGAUAUCACAGUCCGUGAUGCCACCUCUGCCGCCCCCAGGCCUCGGCCUGCUCAACUCGCUGGGGGGCGGCAUGAUCCAUCACUCGCCGCUGGACCUGAUGGCCGCGGCGCACCAUGGAGGCCCCCCCCGAUCCUACAACAGCCCACCACCCAUCUCGAGCUCUGACCCCACGGCCAAUGAGUGCAAGUUAGUGGACUACCGCGGACAGAAAGUCGCCGCGUUCAUUAUCGCCGGCGACACGAUGCUGUGUCUUCCUCAGGCAUUCGAGUUGUUCCUCAAGCACCUCGUUGGAGGACUGCACACCGUCUAUACGAAGCUGAAGAGACUCGACAUAGUGCCUCUGGUCUGCAACGUGGAACAAGUUCGCAUUCUUCGGGGACUCGGAGCCAUUCAGCCGGGUGUGAACAGGUGCAAGUUGCUCUCGUGCAAGGACUUCGAUAUUCUGUACAGGGAUUGCACCACCGCCAGGUACGCACCUGUUAUAGUUGGUAGAACUGACAUGACUCAGGAGAACCGGGUUCGAGUGGCGACCGAAUCAUUAUUCAGUUCUUCCAACAAUCUAAUGCGUAGUUGGCUAGGGGAAGGAACUAUCUCCAGGCCUGGGCGACCUCCGAAGCGGGCAACUGUCGGUCUCUCAAUCGCUGCUAGCCACCUCGCCCAGCAUCACCAGCAGCUGAAGAAGCACCGGCUCGACAACGGCGAAUACCCGGGCUACGAGAAUGGACAUCUCGGCGACCCUCCCCGGCUUGAAAAGUCGCCUCUGCUGGCGAACGGCUACAAUCAUCCACCCACGCACCUGAACCAUAUGCAGUUCAUGCAACUGAACCAUCACCCAGCUGCAGCGCACACCGCCAUCUUGUCACCUGCGGGAAUUCCCCACCAUGGGCUGGCGCGCGCAGAUGGCUCUAUCAUCAAGAAUCAGGGUAUUCCAGGAAUGGAUGCCAUCGCAAGAUCCGGUAUUUGGGAAAAUUGCCGUGCGGCAUAUGAAGACAUCGUUAAGCAUCUUGAAAGGUUACGUGAGGAACGAGGGGAGGCGGAAAGAGCUCUAGCCCUCGAUCACAAAGUUCGAGACCUCAGCUCACACAAUGGCUCUACUCUCUACCCGUUCGCAGGGACUAUUGGACACUGGAGACCUUCACAUCAGUGCUCUUCGAACGGACACAGCCCAGUUCUGAAUUUGUCCAAAAGCGGGGGCGGCUCAGGGGGCGAACACUCGGGAAGCGAAGCGGGGCAUACGGGCCCAGAGGACGACGAAGAUGAUGACAAUGUGAGUGACGCGGAUGAGGAGGACGAAAAGGAUCAAGCUGAUCUGAGCGACACUCCUGAAAUCGGCGGUCUGAACAGCGCACCCGGUAGCGACUCCCAGCAUGCCAUCAACUAUUCGACGCUUGCCUCUGCGGCGGCAGCGGCGGGGGCGGUUGCGUCCGGAGUGGGGGUUGGGGUCGGAGUGGACCCCAGCAUCUCCUCCACAGAGACACUGCUGAGAAACAUCCAGGGUCUGCUCAAGGUCGCAGCCGACAACGCGAGACAACAGGAGCGCCAGAUCAACUACGAAAAGACCGAGUUGAAGAUGGACGUGCUGAGAGAGAGAGAAGUGAAAGAAAACCUAGAGCGACAACUCAUGGAGGAGCAGAAGAUACGGGUGAUAUACCAGAAGCGGCUGAAGAAGGAGCGUAAAGCCCGUAGGAGACUCCAGGACCAGCUGGAGCUGGAGAUGAAGAGGCGCUCACAGCUGGAGGACGCUCUCAAAGCCAGCGGAGCUUCUGCUGACGCCCUGCGCAUGCUCAAUGCAGAGAGCGGGAGUGAACACAGGGUGUCGAGUGGUGGAGACCAGUCAGAGAGCUCAUAUCCCAGACAGCAGCCCACUCAUGUACCAGAGCCACCUAGUGAAAAGCAGUGGAACUACUCCGGUCUAGACCUCAUGGGUUCUGGAGCAGCCUUCUGGCAGAAUUAUUCAGAGUCACUAGCCCAGGAGCUGGAGCUGGAGAGGAAAUCGAGGCAGCAACAGCAACAACAACAACAACAACAACAGGCCGAACGGGACGUCAAAUCGCCCCUGCAAGAGUCCCGGGCUGGCUACUACAAGAAUUCAGUGCUGUUCACUAGCGCCACUUAGUGUGCAAUGCCUCAGAGCAUUGUGUAACCGUUCAACGAUCUCAAGUAGAAGAACAAAACGAGUCAUCGACAGCUCUACGAGAAUCACAACUACCGACAACUCUGGUGUAGAUAUUUCAGUGACACGCGCGGAGGCCAUCUUGUCGAGUCCUUUUUGUGUGUGCGUGUGUGUGUGUGUAUGUGUGUGUGUGAAGUGAGAAGCGUUUACACUAAUUUUCGUAAAAAUGAAAAUAAAUGUACAACAUUUUAAAGACGUGAUUAAAUUAUAAGAAGAAUGAUAAUCAGUGGGCGCAAAAGUGAACUACAUGAGACCGUCCUAAAAUUAAGUUUUUCUGGGACGACGCGUAUAUUGAAGAUUCACCGAUAAAUAAAAGGAGAAAGACAAUGAAGAAGAAGAAGGAAUCCGUCUUUUUUUUUUCUUUAUUGUACAGAUUCUCCAUCAUAUUAUAUGUCGUGGAUAUCGUGUUUCUGUCAACAGGAUUUUGCAGAUUUGUGUUAUGAUUAAUUUAUUUACUACACCUUCAUUGAAGAGAAGAUAUUGGGUCUGGCUUCAAGACCAUUGAAUAGAAUUGUUCUUGCGUGUUUGUGUAUGGUAAAUAGACAAAAUGAACACUUGUCGCCAUGCAUGUGAUUAUUGCUCUCAACAAAAACAAAACAAAAGAAUGAAUGCUGUUACAUACAUAUAUAUUAUUAAUAUAAUUAUUAUGAAUAAUGCUGUUCUACAAUGUCUCCCAUAAGGCGUUAGAAGGGCAAGAUAAUGUCGGUGUUUAUGAAAGAAUUAGAUCAGGAAGUGAAGCAGAUUAACAAUACUAUUUAAAACAUUUUCAUGAUCACAAUCGUCUUCGAUAACUGAAUUCUUUUCAUUUCAGUUCUGUGUAGAUGUAGCUGUGGCGCGGGUAGUCCGCGGUAUUUCGCUUUUCCGAAAUGAAAGGAAAAGUGUUAUUAAGUUAAUUUCCCCCGAGUGUGAAAGUAGUCGAUAAUUCGAGUGAUAAAGAAAUUUAACGAUUAUAACAUAAUUAUACAUAAAUUAUUAUAAUUAAAGAAAGACUGCUUGCAUGAGAGUGUGAUGGUGAGAUUCAGUUUUAGCCUACUAUUAUUAUCAUUAUUGUCUUUUCAAAUGUAGACAAAAUAGACUACAAUUUCGUGAUUUAAUAUUCAAAGAAAAAUCGUGUUUAUCCAGUAAAUUAUGAUAAGUGUACAAAACCAUGGAAUACACGUGUAUGGGGGACCUUUCCUGAGUGAUUUUUUUUCUCUUUUUGAGGGAAAUAAUAAAAUUUGAAAAGUAGUUUAUGUCGUUGAUGAAGUGGAAACUACGGAAAAAAGGAUAUUGUCAUGAAAAAUACUACAGCAGAACGUAAACAAUAUAAAUAUUAUAUAUUAUAUUAUAUAAAGAAGCUUCAUAUUAAUAAUGAAUGGUCGUUAUUAUAUACAACAAUUUAAUGAAAGAAUCUUUGUACGUGUUAGCAUUUCAUAACAAACAGCUUGGUGCGUGUAAAUCCCAAACUUCUUUUGUGAAGAGCGUGGUCCCAUGCCCCAAGACUUGAUGUUGCACGAUACCCCCUCCACUCAUUCUAGCUCUAGAACAGUUGUCAUUAUUCGUAAGGGCGGACAUAGCACAGUUUUUAAUUCGCGUGGUUAAACUUGACAGUUAAAUUUGUUUUAAAAUUGUUACAUAUAAAAAACACUUCCCAUUUUUAAAAUGUGUAUAUUCCUGCAUAAUGGAAGCAGUGACUUGACACAUCUUCCUAAGAACUAAUGAAUCAAUGAGGUAAUUUUAAGCAUGUCUACGUUUGCCACGACGAUCAAUUAUAUUCUCUGCAACAUCCAGAACAAGAGGAAGUAGCGGAAGUCGUUUUAUAGGUACGGAAUUCUAAUUUCCUCAACAAUAGUAACAUGACGAUUUAUAUCUGCAGAUGAAUAUAGCAGUGGUAUACGACGGUGUGCAUGUGUUCGUCCGCUAACACUGGUGUUUUUUUAUAAAAAAUAAAGAAAAAUAUGUUUAAAAACGCCAUUGCCAUAUAUCGGUGUUAGAAUAUAGAAAUAAGAAUUUCUUACUUUUACUUUGCGCUGCCCCUCAACCUACCAGUACUGCUAGUAAUAAAAUCUCGCUGCACCACAAAACAUAACCCACCACAUUAGCCACCAUACAUCACCCUCAUUCAAAACACCAGUAAACGGUCCUCUUGACAAUCAUAUUCGGAAAACAUAUUUCAAAAUUUCACUUUUAAUGAAAUUCAGUGACCUCUCCAUCUGCGUCUUUGUCUAAUACACACCCUUUACACACAGUGCACAGUGAAAUAACAAAUUCUUCAACAGGCCACUAGAGUUAAAAUCCUUUUAGUUGUGUUACGACUAUGAAUCCCUUGUGUCAUAUAAAACUAUGAGAAAUUGUGGCAAUUUCUUGUAUAGUACUUAACAUUUUUAAGUAUAAAAUAACCACAUACUACUGCAAGACUUUUAUAACUAAAUGUUUGGGUUAUAAAAUCUCCAACGAUUGUGACUGAAGCUAAUACGUAUUAUUUAUUAUUGUAACUAUUCCCCCUGCACUCUUCAUUAGUCAGAUCCCUCCAGUUUGGCGAGGCACCUGGGAUUGAGGCAUGUAUAUUAUUUCAUGUGUAUAACGUAUGAUGUAUUAUAACAUACCUAAUUAGAAUAAUGAAAGGCUUUGAGUGAAACACAUUGGGACCUAAGCGCAGAUACAAAUGUUGCUUAUUGGCAUAUGGCAAAGAAGUGGCUAUAAUCGCAAAAUAUGAUUCAGAGUUUAAUACUAAAGCCACGUCACUCAACAAUUCGGUAGGAUGGAAUGGAAAGACAGACGAUAAGAGUAGCAAGGGAAGUACCUUCAGGCUGUAAUAUAACUAUUAAAUAAUAUGAGUGCUGAUUUAGAAUAUAAGAAACUUCAUUACCAUAAAAGAAAAAAGUAAAGUUGUCCUUGUGCUUAACUAAUUGAGCACUGUGACAUGAAGGCGUAU